UGUAGGCCAUGUGGUGCUGCCGCAAUGAAAGGGACGAGGGGACGAGCCCAAGCCAUGCCCACCGCGACCACGGCGAUGGCAAUGAUGGUUGAUCCGAUGAUCGGAUGACGGGGAUGUGCCGAUGCUGUCGAUGUUGCCCCGACGUCCAGCAACGAUGCCAACGUGCACUUCGUUGGACCCCGCAUCACUUCAACCAAACUCCAACACUCACCACUCCACACUCGUUUUCUCUACCCUUCCCUUGCUCGUCACGCCGCUCCUCCAGGCGGACCUGAACGACUUCUGGUUGUUGCAUCCUUUCCGUGAUGGCCAUGCUCUGGCUUCUUCGCGGUGUUUCUCUUUGACUUUAUGGCAUUGGUAGACGGUCGGUGACGCUACGAUGCGGUGGGGUAGCGGAGGUAGAGGUUGUUUUUUCGAGGCAGAUGGUACUUGUCGCGGGGAGUGGCGGAGGCGUGUUGGGGGAUUUGGAUGAAAUGACAAUGCAGUGUGUAGGGUGAUGUCCGGAUGACCGGGGCAGUCGGGGAUAUGGCACCAGAGGUAGUACAGGAUUAAUUGGCGGAGCAAGCGAGAGAGAGAGAAAGAAGGGCAGCGUGGAGGUGAUACAGGGCAGGAUUAUGGAGUGGAGGAGCUUGCGGUGGAUCGAGAAGGGGUUGCCUGUGGUGGAUCAGGUGGUGUGGUUAUUGCGGGAGCAUCGUUUUGUCAUGCACGUUGAACCUGGCUGGGUCUGUGGUCAGGGUUUUGCGAAGGUCGAACAGUAGGGAAGCGGCCGGAGGGAAGGUGGACAGCGAGCGGAAGCGGUGGAGUGGACGUGCUGAAGUUGCAAUCUACUAUGAGCGGUGGGGUUUGUGGUGUUGAAGUGUAGGGUUGAAGGGGCGGAGUCAUGCCGAUGAUGGAGGUCGGUGCGUGUCAGUUUGUAUGGUCGCCAUCGUCGGAUGGCGAUUACAGCAGUGAUGACGAUGACUCGAAUUCUGGGGUUUCUAGUGGCAGAGAUCGUAGGCUUUUAUAUCCGAUGCCCCAGUCGCAUUGGUUUCCACGAUCGUUUUCGUUUGGGCCAUAUGUGGCACCGGGAGUUUCGAGGCAUCGUAGUGGGGCCAGUGCACCGGCUAGAGCGUCGUCAAGGCAGCAUGCUGGAGCCAGUGCACCGCGAUUGCACAUCCAGGUCACCCGUUCGUUGGCAUACAAACUUACGAAGGAUAUAGUGGGGACGUAUCAAAACUGCAACCUCGAGUUUGCAUUUUCACCGGAUCUGAAUCCGAAACGAUACCUCACUGCUCCAUCGACAAUUGUUUCUGAGAAUGGGCUGGACAAUGAGAGGCAUGACCUUGUGCUGUAUUUCAAUCAGGUCCUGGUGAAUGACGAUGGCACUCGCAGAUAUGUUGUGAAAGAUCUUGUGGGUUCAGGUACGUUCGGACAGGUAGCAAAAUGUUACACGGAGGAGACGAAUGAGUAUGUUGCAGUGAAGGUGAUAAAGAAUCUGCCAGCUUACUGCACCCAAGCGCGGUUCGAGAUCGGAAUUUUGCACAUGCUAAACAGGGAAUAUGAUCCAAAUGACCAGUACCAUAUCGUUAGAAGCCUAGAUCACUUCCAGCACCAUGGACAUCUCUGCAUCGUGUUUGAGCUACUUACGGAGAACUUGUACGAGCUGUUGAAGAAGACGAGUUUGAAGGGCAUGUCGCUUGUAUUGGUUAGGAUGUUUACCAAACAGUUACUGAAAUCUCUGACUCUGCUGCGGGAAGCUAGAGUGAUACAUUGUGAUUUGAAGCCGGAGAACAUUCUUCUUAUCGAGAGUUUUCGGUCAGCGGAGUUGAAGCUUAUUGAUUUCGGGUCUGCGUGUAAGGAAGACCAUACGGUGUACACGUAUAUUCAGAGUCGGUUUUACAGGUCACCCGAGGUAUUGCUUGGUCACCGGUAUACGACCGCUAUUGAUAUGUGGUCGUUAGGGUGUGUGGCAGCCGAGCUUUUCCUAGGGCUGCCAUUGUUCCCUGGAGCUUGCGACUUCGACAUGCUGCUGUUUAUGAAGGAGAAACUUGAGAGUCAACCUAGUGAUCAUAUCUUGAGGAAUGCGAAUUUCACAAACAGGUUCUUCAAGCUUCUGACUGCUGCUCCUCAUGCUGAUCACAACCGCAGCGCUUAUCAGCUGCUGACAGUGGAGGAAUAUGAAGUGCGACAUAGGAGAACACCGGAGAUUGGGAGGAGGUACUUUCAUGGCACACUUGCUGAAGUGAUAAUGGGGUAUCACAUGAAGCCCAUGUCAGCGGCCGAGCAGAAAAGAGAGAUGCUGGCUCGAGAGAGCUUUGUGGACUUUCUGAAGGGCUUGAUCGAAUGUGACCCAAGGAGGAGAUGGUCACCUCAGCAGGCCGCACAACAUCCAUUUAUAACAGACGAGCCGUUCACUGGACCUUACGUUCCUGUUCCAGAGACUCCACGGACGCCUGUGAAUCGCAGUCUUCUUAUAGACCACAGAGGCGCGGCGGGGCACUGGGUCGGUGCAGGCCUCUCUCCCCAAGUGGGAGGAUUGAAUUCAGGUCCUCGGUAUGGUGUGAGUCCUCAGCAGCACACGAGUCAGUUUUCAAGAGCGAGUAGCUAUGGCAGUGUGGGCAGUUUUGGGAGCUAUGGAGAAGGUGUGACGAUGGACGGUAACUUUGAGAGUUACAUGGACGAAUCGGGUGCACGUGUGAUGGGUAUGAAUUCUCAAGCAUCAGCGGUGGGUAGCUCUCCGGAAGCAAGUUGGCAAGGGAGACCCUUAGUACCAUCUAUACAUCCGCAACAUCCAGUUCUUCGGUCACUGAAUCUGGGAGCUAGCCCAUCGUUCAAUCUCGGGGCGAGUCCAUCUGGGUUUGGGCACCCAUUUCUAUAUCAGCAGUCUCCUGGUCCUUACGGUGCGUCGCCAGGAUCGUUUCCUUCGUCACCGGCAUCCAGUUUCUUCCAGUCUAAUGGAUCUCAAUCGCAAGUGGGUUCUCCAAAUCGGUAUGGACCAGCAUCGCCUGCGCGGCAAUUGUUGGAAACAGCAGUGGUUAAUGCGAACGCUGCGCAAGGGCAUUUUCAUUGGAGGCGACCUUGGCAAGCUCCUCCUGGUUCCGGUGGGCAUGGUCAACAGCAGCAGGUCCAGCAGCAAGAGUUGGCGCAUUGGUCGAGGCUUCAGCACGGCAGUGGAAACGCGAACGCGGAUGCAACGUCGAACCUGAGUUUCGAGGGUCAAGGUGGGAUACGGAGAGGUGGUCCUCCUGCACCUCACUCUCGAGGUGCUCGAAAUAGCAGCAGUUCGGGAACUGCACAGUUGCAACGAGGGGCAUCUGGUUUUGGUCCAGGUACGCUGGGUGCGUAUCUAUCACCAAGAAGUUCUAUGGACAGUGGAGAGGAUGAUUCUGCAGUAAGCAUUCACUGGGAUCCCGAUUUCAGUGAUGAAUUUCUUCAUGAGGAUGCCCACGAAACUGGAAUAAGAAGGGGUCCUAGUAGGUCCGGUGGAGUUGUGGGUGACGGCGUCUUCGAUGGGACCACAUCGAGGAGGACGUCACAAGGGCGAAUGAGUACUUCAAGCAUGGAUAGCAUUGCGUCCUCGAAUAGCUCGCAGUCUGGGUACCCACGUCAGAGGCCUGGUCAGUUUUCUCCGAGUCAAACUUCUCCGAGUCGACUUGGCCCCCAGGUCUCCCAAGGUUUCCAUCAGCAGCGUCAACAAGGAGGUAACCAGCAGCAGCAGGCGCAACAUGCAAGGCAGCAAAUAUCACCAGAGCAAACCCCUAUGCACCCUGUUCAUCAGGUUUCCAGGAGGCAGGUGUCCGGGGAUGCGGGUGGUACAAUUGCCGGACCAGCAUUGUUUCAACAGCAUCAACAUUCCCUCCUGUUUCAACAGCAGCAGCUGCAGAACGCUAAUCACCAACAGCAUUAUGGGGUGGUUCACGGUGGUGUCGCUGUAUCGAGAGUGAAUGUCAGUCAAGGUGACCCGAAUGCGAAUGCCCCUGCUGCAACAGGGAUUGCGAUGGCUGCAGGCAUAGGUCACGAAGGUGUAGGUUAUGCGAUGCACGGUGUCCCACAUCAGCGUUAUUAUGGUGGAGAAGAGCUGCAACAUCAGUGGUCGAUUCCUCAGAAUCAAUACUUUCCGAACGAGCUUCACCAAGCCCUUGGGACUGAAGGGAGUUGGGUGAUGUUCAGGACCAAGGCCCCCGAUGCCAGGUCGACGUUGAAUGAGGGCUGUGAUGUGGCACAUGGGUUGAGUCAUUUGAGCAGGCAUGGAAUGUGGCGACAUGCGGAGGCCUUGUUGGUUUGAGCAGAAGUAUGCGAGAGUCCAAAAAUGGAUACUGAGGGGCUUGUGCUAGUAUGGCCUUACUUUGAGGCGUGUUUUAGACUUUAUGCAAGCUUCGCAAAAUAUCAACGUUCAGCUCAUUACAGGUAUGUUAGCAGCGGGUAUUUGGCCAUUUAAUUUUAAAGACCUCAUCCAAUUUGGGCUGUCCAAGAGUUGGGCAAAGCAGAAUGUUGGAGUUGGUGCGCUUCGUUCUGCAUCUUCAUGAUUCCCUUGACACAAAGGUGUCCAGGUUCCCACUUGGUUCUUAAGAAUGCCUUGGUUAGGGUGUGCACGUUCUGACAACGGAAUGCUGCAUGUGGUGGCUGACGCAGUUUAUGUGCUGUACAAAAGGAGAUCGUGGAUUGUGGGAAUGGUUUUCGUAGGCAAAGCUGUUUGAAAAUUCACCCCAAUCGGUCUGAAACAGAAGUCCUGCUGUUGUGGUUACAGAUCAGCACAAGAGUUGAUUAGUAACGUGGCAGAGCUGUAUUUGAAUUAUGAGUAUUAUUUAUUUAUUUUUAUCUCGUCAACACCCCACCACAGGCAUGACACGAUUUUAUUAUUUAUUUUUCAAGGCGUACACUUUUUUGGUUAUUUUAAAUGUAAGUCUUUUUGUUGAAUCAAACAAUCUUAAAUAUAAUGACCUGUUUACAUUUGAAGGUACAGUCUCAACUGUUAGUUGUGAGGCACUCGUGUACUAUGAGAUCAAAAUGUCUAAAUAGAGUUCAUUUUACUUCA